AUGAGACAGAAGUGCAUAUUCAAAUGUGCAAUUCAGGUAGUCCAGUAUGUGACCCUGCUACCAACCGACAAGUUCAGUCAUGGAGUUCUCGACCAGAGACAGACGGAGCAGUUGAACAAUACGUUAAGUAAUCAACCAUGGGCCAAACUCCGAAUGUCUGAAAUUGAACUACGAAUGCGCGGGGCGGCGUGGUGGCCUUCUUCCACCAUAAAAGGUCUCCUGAUAACGGAAAUUACUGGCGUCAUUUCGUUUCACGCAAUUCCUUCCUUGUUGGCCAUUGGAGUUCAGUCACGUUUUGAUCCGUCCAAAAAACAAUACAUCCUUGUGUUUCUACGCUCCGGAUGUCACCGUGAGAAAUUUGUUCGAGUAUUAAAAUCUCUCUGUCGACAUGAUUAUCGUGUGACUGCGGUCCAGUUUGACGGAGAAGAAGAUCCGAACCUCAGUCUAGGACUUUCAAAUGAUACUCAACUGGAAUUCUUGUCGCAUUCGAAUAAAAGCUCAUCAGAAACGAGUUUCAGUUCAUCAAAAAGAUCGGACGAUGAACGCAAUACACAGAAGAGUUCGGUAGAGCAAGAGCAUCACAGGCAAGGGGUGUCUGAUCUCCGGUCUGCCAAAAGCCUUCAGCGCUGUGUGCCGAACAAGUCCACAAGCAGACAUGAUACGGCAAACCUCCGUUCCGCCCCGGUGCACCACCAAGCUGACUAUCAACCGGGGUUAAAUUGGGCUGAACUGACACAUGUGGAUCAGCACCCCAGAUUCGGCAGUUUUGUCAGUGAUCGAGGACCGGUUUACCUUUAUUGUGAUCACUUUCCCAUCACCGCUUAA